AUGAAGUCAGUGGGAAUUUUCACCGAAGCAGCACACUUCCGCAUUUUUCCGUUUCAGCGUAUGAAUAUUCGCUUCGAUAAGUACGAACUUGAGUCGCAGUUUGUUAAAAGCGCGGUGGGCGUCGUGGAUAGGCUUAUUGCCUCCCGUUUAGCCAAGAAGGAGAGCGAUGGACGCGUAACAGCCGCUUCACACGAAGCGGGCAAGCGAAUCAAUCUCCUCAAGAGCAACGGCGGUACCCUCUAUCUAACCAGGGACCUCGCAGCAGCCAUCUCUCGUUCCGACGACCUCAAGUUUGACAGGAUGCACUACGUGGUCGAAGAUGGUCAGAGAGAACAUUUCCUCAAUCUACAAAAUCUCCUCUGGCGGUUGGGUUAUGCUUGGGCGGAGCCAGAGAGUUCUCCCUGGCCCCUACACGUUCGCUUCGCUCGCGUCAUUGGAGCCAGUACGAGGCACGGCAGUGGUCUCUUCCUUUCUGAUGUCCUUGACGUUGCCCAGCGAGAAGCCUUUGCGCGAAUGCAAAGAUCGCCGCUUGUUGACGCUACUUCCUCCUUUUCACUAUAUGCUUCUCUUCCCCCUCCCCCGGGAAAAAAAACUAUUCCAUCAGAUACGCGAACUCUGCUCUACGAGAAGGUGGACGAAGAAGGGGCUGGUCCCUCCCCCAGCCUGCCGUUCUGCCGCUUUGAGGAGGUCAGCGAGGAGGCUCGUCGAGUCGCCGACCAGAUGGGCGUAACUUGGUUGGUGGCUGAAAUGCUCGCCAAACCGCGUCUCCUGCCCGUUAGGACGAGUCUCAAAGUGAAGAAUGAGGAGCUUGCCUGCAGGCCUGAUAGCCACUCAGUCGCAGAUCAGCGAGACUUAACUGGUCUGGGUCUGCAGUAUUGCCACGCAAGGCUGUGUAGGUGGGUGGUGUCCCCUUUUUACGUUCUGUGA